AACUAUGUGGCCUUAUUUUAAUGACUGUGCUGUGUGAUCUGGUGCUUGCUUCACUGACACUUCUGGCACCAGCAGAGGGAGACCCUGGCACAUGCAUCCCUCCAGUGCGCUGGGCUGGAGCCCCUUCCUUGCCUCCUCAGGAAACGCCUGCUGGGGCUCUGGCUGCGUUGCUCCCCCUCCCUUUCUCCCUUACGUGGUCCCACCAAGUCCCAGGACUUCAUUUCUGGCUCUAGCCAAGCUGCCCCUCUGCCUGACCAGGAAAGAGGCUUUGGCUGGGGGCACCCUUGGUGACUGUAGGGCAAUGUCUUCUAGUCCCUCAUCCACUCACAUCUCUAGGCACUGGGUGGUGUCACCUGGUACCAUGAACUUGCUUGGAGGCCUGUGGGUGUUGGCUGGUGGGCUCUGUUCAGUUUCUCCCCCCUUUGGACCUCUCAUUAUUAAACUCUGACCCCUGUGCUCCUGUCUCUGUUUUCACCUUUGUGCCCUAGAACAAGUAGUUCUGUUUCCAAGUGGUCUCCUUGGCUGAGGGGGCUUAAAGUUUUCCUGGUGGGCCUAGACUCCCCAUACCUCAGCACAACCAAGUAGGCCUUGUGCCUGUGUAAUUGACAGUGGUAUGCAGAACUGAUGCAAACUAUAUUAAGGCUGGCAUGCAAGCAGGGAGUCAGCAGAAGCAUGUGAGGUGAAAAACUUUCCUUAAGAACCUAAAACAGGACAUAGGAUUCUAACUGAGUAGACUUUUUAAGUGUGUGAGAGGAGAAGGAAGUUCAGCAGACUUUUUAAGUGUGAGAGAGGAGAAGGAAGACGCUUCUGUCAUGGCUGCCGAGCUGGACUUUUCCCCCCCUGAGAUCCCUGAGCCCACCUUCAUGGAGAAUGUGCUGCGCUAUGGACUUUUUUUUGGAGCCAUUUUCCAGCUUAUCUGUGUAUUAGCCAUAAUCCUUCCAGUCUCAAAGUCUAAUAAAACAGACUCCGACGGUUUUGAGCCUAAAAGCUCUGAGGUGGUGAAGAAGCCAAAGGUGGCUGCUCAGCAAAUGAGCAAGAAACCCAAGAAGGAAACUAAGAAGAAGCGAUAGAAGGCCUCAGAAUGGAGCCUGAUGGCAACAUUUUGGCUGUAAUCAAGUUUCCUUGAAGAUGACAUCAUGGGUCAACCAAUUAAAUGGGUGUCUGGUCCUGCCAUGCUAUGUCUUCCAGGGGUAGGGGGGACUGACAAGUUGUGGGAGGGUUGGGUUUCUUUUGCUUGAUUCCUUGCAGGCAAAAUGGACUGUACACAUCCAGCUAGUUAUUCUAACUGUCAUAAGCCCUGUUAUCAGCUCACUCCUAAUGGGUAAGGAAAGCUUACACUUGCACCUCCCCCAUGCUGGCAGGGGUGUGAGGUGAAGGCCCAUGGAAGGGGAGCAUGUGUUUGGCUAUCAAAGAUACCUGUUUUCUGGGUCAUAUUUUUAAGGACUGAGGGAUCAACUGGCUCUGGGGUGUCCCACUUCUCAACUCUGUAACCUCCUGUAUUGUUGUCUCAUUUAAAAUACACCAGUUUGUUUUAUCGCUUAAUAAUAAUGGGCUUGUCGUGUCCUUUUAAAAAAUAAUUGUC